AAAAAAAAAAAAAAAAAAAAAGAAAAGCGAAAGACUAAUACUGACACCAAAAAGAAAGAUUUAAAGAUGAGCACUACAUCAUACCAUAUUGUAAAAUGUGUCCAAACUGUCAUGGAUAUAUUUGAUAAGCAUGAUAACUAUGGAGUUUAUAUUAUCAUUGACAAGUGUAAGAUCCAUGAUACUGUUUUUGUGAUAGAGGCGAUAAACAAUAGAGAAUAUAAAUCAUUAUUUACUCUUCUUCUUUUUUUUGGUAAAGUAGAGAGUAAAGAUCAGAAAAUAUGAUAGUUUUAUUUGUAUUUAUUCAAAAAGAGGCAUCAUUGGAGUAUAUGUCAAUUAUUAUUACUUGAACAAUAAAAUAUAAGAUACUUUUUUUUUUGUUUAACCACAUCUU